GGCAGACGAUUACUAUUCCUUUUCAUUUCUGGCAAGUUAAGAUUCAGAAUUAUAAGAUUCAGAAUAAGUAAAGAAAUUUUGCCUGUGCCUACCUAAUGAGUGAUACUGAACCAGAGUUUUUUAAAAGCUUGUCCAAUGAGCCACUGAUUUCUCACUGUACUCUCAAAGAGAACAGGACCGGUCCCUCAGAAGUCAUUGAACAACCAGGUUUAGGUGGCCAGUUUGACAGCAGCUUGCCCUGGCCUGCUUCUUGGCCUUUCUGUCCUUUUGUGACUGUUCUGUGGUUAAUUGGAACUCAAAGACUGUGCUCCUUGCUAUCUUCCACACGUGGAAACUAAGUUUAAAACCAAGGCCAACAACCAGUUCUUUUAUAAAGCGUUUUUGGACCACAUAAAGUGAGGUGGAUUUUUUUUCUUGGUUGGUUACUUUUUUGUUGUUGCUGUUAUUUUGUUUUGCCUGUUUGCUUUUUCCUUCGAGUAACUUUAGCUUUCUGGGAUGUAAAUAGUGAUUUACAGGGAGGACUUUGGAGGAUGUGAAACAAGUUUGUGUUUCUUCUGCUUUGUUGGCUACACUAUCUUCAUGAAUCUGACACACUAUUUGUCUGACAGUGCACUUAGUACUGCUUCGCCAGGGAAAUCACACAAAACAAGCCUGGUGCAUCAGCACUUUCAUUGUGUGCUGGGCUGAGCCUCCCUUCACAUGGUCGCAUCCCCGUUUUAGCCCAAUACUCCCUUUCCCUGCCCCUUCCCCAGACCUGCCUCUUUCUGUGGCACUUACUGCUGGUUUCCCUGAGCUCCAUUUCCACUUUGUGUUUUUUGUGGGGCCCAGGAAGCUAAAGCUGUGUGUAUUUGUGGAUCAGACAAGUGCAGCAAGUUAUUAUCAUUGGCUUCUGAAGGGGAGAGUGAGGUGAUGGCUGCGUUUAAGUUGGAUUUCCUUCCAGAAAUGAUGGUGGAUCAUUGCUCUUUGAAUUCCAGUCCUGUCAAAGGGAAGUCAACUAAUAAUGACAGCUCAAAGAAAAUGAACGGCACCCUGGACCACCCAGACCAACCAGAUCUUGAUGCUAUCAAGAUGUUUGUGGGCCAGGUUCCCAGGACCUGGUCUGAGAAGGACUUGAGGGAGCUUUUUGAGCAGUAUGGUGCUGUCUAUGAAAUCAACAUCCUAAGGGAUAGGAGCCAAAACCCUCCUCAGAGCAAAGGGUGCUGUUUUGUUACAUUUUACACCCGUAAAGCUGCAUUAGAAGCUCAGAAUGCUCUUCACAACAUGAAGGUCCUCCCUGGGAUGCAUCACCCUAUACAGAUGAAACCUGCUGACAGUGAAAAGAACAAUGCUGUGGAAGACAGGAAGCUGUUUAUUGGUAUGAUUUCCAAGAAGUGUACUGAAAAUGACAUCCGAGUCAUGUUCUCUUCAUUUGGACAGAUUGAAGAAUGCCGGAUAUUGCGGGGACCUGAUGGCUUAAGCCGAGGUUGUGCAUUUGUGACUUUUACAACAAGAACCAUGGCACAGACAGCUAUCAAAGCAAUGCACCAAGCACAAACCAUGGAGGGUUGCUCCUCUCCCAUGGUGGUAAAAUUUGCUGACACCCAGAAGGACAAAGAACAGAAGCGAAUGGCCCAGCAGCUCCAGCAGCAGAUGCAGCAAAUCAGUGCAGCAUCUGUGUGGGGGAACCUGGCUGGCCUGAACACUCUUGGGCCCCAGUACUUAGCACUUUAUUUGCAGCUCCUUCAGCAGACUGCCUCCUCUGGGAACCUCAACACCCUGAGCAGCCUCCACCCAAUGGGAGGGUUAAAUGCAAUGCAGCUACAGAAUUUGGCUGCACUAGCUGCUGCAGCUAGUGCAGCUCAGAACACACCAAGUGGUACCAAUGCCCUCACUACAUCCAGCAGUCCCCUCAGCGUACUCACCAGUUCAGGGUCUUCACCGAGCUCCAGCAGCAGUAACUCUGUCAACCCCAUAGCCUCACUUGGAGCCCUGCAAACAUUAGCCGGAGCAACAGCUGGUCUCAACGUUGGCUCUUUGGCAGGAAUGGCUGCAUUGAAUGGUGGUCUGGGCAGCAGUGGCCUUUCCAACGGCACUGGGAGCACUAUGGAGGCCCUCACCCAGGCAUACUCUGGGAUCCAGCAGUACGCUGCCGCGGCACUCCCCACUCUGUACAACCAGAACUUAUUGACACAGCAGAGUAUUGGUGCUGCUGGAAGCCAGAAGGAAGGUCCAGAGGGAGCCAACCUGUUCAUCUAUCACCUGCCCCAGGAGUUUGGAGACCAGGACCUGCUGCAGAUGUUUAUGCCCUUUGGGAAUGUCGUGUCUGCCAAGGUUUUCAUAGACAAGCAGACCAACCUGAGCAAGUGUUUUGGUUUUGUAAGUUAUGACAAUCCUGUCUCAGCUCAAGCUGCCAUCCAGUCCAUGAACGGCUUUCAGAUUGGAAUGAAGAGGCUUAAAGUGCAGCUCAAACGUUCCAAGAAUGACAGUAAGCCCUACUGAGCGUGCUCCCCUCUCAGACUGGAGUGAGAAGAUCUUCUGGUAAGUGGGGGAGGAGCACCCUUAAUCAUUCGAAGCCCUAAGGCUGUGUGUUGACAGCCCUGGACCCUGAUCCCUGCCACUCUCGCAGGCACAGCUUGCCCUGAAGACUCAGCUACUGCCUUCUGUGGGAGUGUCGCUUCGUACAGAGGACAAGUUUGUGCUUUGGUUUCCAGUGUUUUACUUUGGAGUUUAGGUGCCAUAUCCUGAGGGGUUUUUUGUUUUGUUUUGUUUUUGUUUCUUUUCCCUUUAUUUAAAGUUUGCUGUGUUUGUAACCAGUAUGUUGAGAAGGACCAACACCAACCAGUCCACCCUGAGGAAGGGGGAAAUGGUUUAAAAGAUGAUCAGAAUGUGCCCCAAACCACCGGAAGAGAGAGUACUGAGCAGAACAGAAAGUUGAUUUCCCACAAAUCUCUUUCCCUGUGUGCGAGGGUGGGCAAGAUCUAAUGAGCUACAGGGGCAGAGUGGGUGAGGUAGCUUGGCAUCUAGACCCCUUCAUAAACCAGCUGCUCUCCGUGGAAAUGCUAAGCUCCUGCCACCCAUUUUCCUGAUUUUUGUCCUGGAUUUUUGACCUUCUUUCCUAAAAGGGGGUCAGCAAGUCUCAGUAAAUAAAGUACUUCUUCAUUUAGCCUGAAAUAUGCAAAGAACAGGGAGAUACUCAUUACUAGCCAUCCCAGCUCACCAUUGGUAUUGUAUUGCCCUGCCUGGCUGGUGGUUCUUUGGGCAAAGCAAAGAGGUCAUUUUUAGUUUGAGUGUGAAGUUAGAAGGAAGCAUGGCUCAUUUCCAACAGUUUAUUUUGAAGAAAGUCUAUGGAAGUUCACCACAGCAAAGAAUAUUGCCUCCUUCCCCACCACAAUUUCCUCUUGAGGGCAAAUCUAAGAAGCUCUUGCAGCAUCUAGCCAGCAAGGGUACUGUUCACAGGCAGAGCAAUCAGAAACCAGGAGGAGGGCCCUGCUUCUUGAUGGACCUGAGUCAAGGUCUCUUGAGGCCAGGAUGCUGUAUUUGAGCAGAGCCUAGUAUUCAGGAGGGUGCAGAAGUGCACGCUGGCCUCUUGGAUGAAGGUGUCCCAGAGGUUGAGUUCCCACAGGGGUCUGACAAGCCUCCCCUAGAGACAGAAGAGAGUACAGGACGUUUACAGGCUCCAUGUGGGUUUAGUGUUCAUUUACCUCAGUAUUAGUCCAUGUUCAUUUUGUCAUCAUGCUUACAGUUAGCUUUCUGCUGCCCUUCACCAAUCUUAACUCCAGUGUUUGCCAGUGUCCCACACAGCCUCUGGGCUCUACUUCUGCUCCAAGAAAUACUUUUGGGAAUGUGCAUCUGAGCAGAGGUAGCCCCAUAAGCUUAAGACUCUCAGCCACAGCCAGGGCUUGGGUUCCUGGGUCCUUGGAAGCUUAAACCUCACAAGUUAAAAGUCUUGACUCCUAGCAACAGAGAUUAAAAGAAAGGGGCUAGCCUGUUUUUAAGUCAGAUGGGGACACUUCUGUUUAUCAUGCUGUCCCUGGAUGUAUAGACAGGGACUGACCAUCCUGCUGUUGUACAGGUAGUCGUUAGUGUUGGAUUAUCCCAUUGAAACUGGGACAGCUGUUCUCUUCUCAUAGUGAUAAGUUGGGUCUAUUGUCCUCUUAAGAAACAUGAAAUAAUACACUUCUUAAACUGAACCACGUAAACUUGAAUUCUGCGAAAUGGGAGAAGAGUGUCCUGUGCUUCAAGAUAAAACUGUUCUAAAGGCUUCCAGGGUAAUGAUGGGAUUUUUUUUUAAAUAAAUGCAAAAAUAAAAAAUAAAAAUAAAAAAACUUUAAAAAAAAAAAAGAAAGAAAAUGCUAGGUUGGGCAGGCACUGUUCUGAAUCCCAACCAGCUGGAACAAGAAUGUCGUUUCUAUUUUUAUAGAAGUUUUAUACAGCUCCGGGGUGGAGAAUAUUUAUUACCUAAAUUAUAUCUCUGGAAAAGGCCAGGAUUUUGUAGAAUCCAGAAUGUGAUUGUUGUACACACGGGGUGCUGUGUAUGAUUGAAACUACUGACUUUCUGUGACCGUUGCAGCCCAGGUAACCUGUCCAAGGGGAAGGCUAACAUUAAUGCUGUGAAUCGGCAGAGGCGAGAGCUGUGCUCCACAGGGUCUGCAGCGCUGUGCUCCUAACCAGAAAUUCUAUUCUGUCUUCCCUACUUUCUCUCUCCCAUUCUACCAUUUGUCCACAGAGUUGUCCUGGGCUCUAGGAAACGACCUUAUGAAACUACCUUCCUAAUGAUAUUAGAGGCAGAGGUGUGACCCCAAACUUCAUACCUACUUGUGGCUCUAAAAGGAGCAGUUGCCCCAGCAGGCUCAUGGUGUGCUCAGGCAGCCAGCCAGCUGGGGAGACCAUGCACUUCUCUUCUCCCCCUUCGCCCAGUUCCUAAGCACAGCAGGAGCACUGUCCUUGAGCACAGUUCUCUCCUCAGGCCAAAGAUGGUUUUGUUGAAGAAGCUGCUCCCUGUAAGUCUUGAUGUGGAAGGGCUCAGCUCGGAGUGGAGACUGAAGUGAAGUCUUAAGCGGUCCAUUUCUGUUGUGUAGAGGGAGCUUUCACUUCCAGUGUUUUCUGCUGUAGUUUUGUUUCUUGGAUUCUAUCAUGCCAUUGAUUUGCCUUCACUGCAGCCCGACCGCUAUGUCCUGGGUUCCACACGAGUGGCCAGGGCCUAUGUGGAAGCUUAGGGCUUGGAUUUCUGGGAUCAAAGGGCCAUCCAAGACUGAACAAGAAACUGGCCUUCUACCCUAAAUAAUCUCCCUUCUGCUCUAGUCAGCAUCUUUUGUUUCCUCUCCCUUUGGGUCUUGCCAGGUAGUGGGAAAGAGGCUGAGGCCUUCUUACCCCCAGAGACUGUCUUGAUGUGUUAGGUGCUUUGCAGGAAAUCCAAGCCUUAGGUUCCCUUCUGUCUCUGGCAGUUGGAUGUUCUCUUGGUGUCCUCCAUGUCCUUUUGAACUUUCCCCUGUGUCCAUUGUUAGCAUGUGCAAAAGUCCCUGUCAUCCCCCCCGCCCUUCCCCGCCUCCUCAUUUCAGGGCUGCAUACAGUGAGUGUCCCGCUCUCCCUCUCUGUUUGGAUGUACUGCUCUGUGUAACUCAGUGGGUCUCCCUCUUUCUGGUUUGUUUUUCUAGAUUCCUGCCGUUUGUUCAUCGUUGUGCCUAAAGCAUGUCGAUGUGGCGUCAAGUACAUCGUCCAAACCCUGUCUCUUCAGCUUCUCUGAUGCUUGAACUCUCACCUUUGACCUUGUGUUGACCUUUGAUGCUGAUGUGUAUUUUAUUAUGUUUGUUUCUUUCCUUGUUUUUUCUUUUUUCUUUCUUUUUUUUUUUCCCUUUUGUGCUGCCAAAAUUGGUUUUGCUAGAACGACUGCUGAAGGGAAAAAUAUUUAAACUUGCAUUUGAAUAUAAAAAAAAAUCUAUUUUUCUAGAACUUCAUAAGAUAACCACUUGAUUUUGUGAUUCCGAUUCUUUGUAACUGUCUCAGAGCAGCCCUACUAGCACAUGCCGCGUGGUGUUUGUCCCUGUGAACACACAGCCAGUCCGCUUCCAGGCUUCGUCCCCUGUGUGCUUAGUUUAAAGACAACUUUGAAAUAAACAAUGAAAUAAACGAUGUCACUAAAAUCUUUGAGGCUCCUGAACACAUUUUGCUGACAUAGUUUUGGGGCGUGAGGAGACCGCAUGUGUUAUUAUUAAUUUUUGUUUUUCUGAGUUCUCAACUGCAGAAAACACCUGAAACACAACACCCCCACUCGUUCGCUUUUCACUGAGGCUGAGGUUUGGUCCCCAGCUAGCUUUUUGUUUUCCUUUUGUGGUUCUUCCUGAAGCAGCCCUGCAGGGAAACCCUAGGGCCCCUUUUCCCUCCCUCUCAGCUCAACCAGCUCACAUCCAUGCUUAUUCCUACAGUCUCCACAGCAAAAUGUGAUGCUUUGAAAUUUUUGGGGGUUUUGUAUUGUUUUUGCCUUUUUGUUUUGAAUUUCCCCUUUCCUACUAAGAUUAUGCCCAGAAAAGACAAGUUGUGCAUGUUUCCUGCUGUUUCUUCACACCUUCGUAUGUAUCACCUUCACCUCUCUGUUUUCUAUAGUUUGUGCAAAAACUGACUGAUUUAAAGGGGUUUCAAAGAAGAUGUUUUAAAUUGUUAUGGGGUUGAUAUUUUUUUCUCAAGAUUGUAUUGUUUUAUUUGAAGUGGCAACUUUCUCCUCUAUUGCCCUUAGAGUGUUUGCCUGUGCACUUAGACUGUCACUCUUUAUGGCCUCCAGGUCUCGGUGGGGCAUCCAGGAGGCUGGCUGCUCUGCUCAGGGAGUCCAGGGGGGGCUGGAGAGGAGAAAGUAAAACCAAAGGUGGCUGUGGGUAGGCAGGAGGCCUAGCACAGAAGGCUCAAUCACAGAGGAGGGGGUGCUGUGCUCCUAACUACCCGCAGGAAGCCGUCUGCACACUGAGUGGCAAUACACCUGCCUGCUCUUUCCCUAGGUGACAAGCACAAUAAAUACUACAGUCUUCACACUGUUUACAGCCCUGGGCACCAACCACCCCACACUGGCUCUUCACUGUGGCUCUGCUCUUACUCAGCUAGUAGACUUGGGGUAAGGGCAAGAAUUUGUUAUUAAAUUAGGUGAAGAGCCAAAUAGCUACUGUCUGCGGGUGCCAGGCCAGCCAGUUCUUUGGUUUCCUAAGGGAAACUUACCCUCUUCUCUUGUAGCACCGUCCAGCCUCAGGGUCUUGGGGACUUGGAAGAAUGUGAGUAGGAGAGGGGCUAGAGGAAAUGAGUAGACAGGGAUGGGUCUGUGAAGAGCAGAGGCAGCAGGGAGGGUUUUUGACAGAUCCCACUGAGACAUGAGCACUGCUGGGAGGGAGAGUGGAAGCAAGGUUGUCCAGGGAAGGGUGGCAAGGUGCAGCAAGGGAUGGGGGUGGGCUAUUGAAGCACUGACUAGCAUCAUCUACGCCAGGUGAUGAACAGACGCCAGCAGAAUGUCUGCUCUGGGACCCCCACAGGUUGCCCAAUAUAUUAUGCUUAAGGCCAUCUUACUAGGAAGAAAAGGCAGCCAAGUGGAGGACGCCUAUAGAUAGGCUGCUGGAUGUCCUGGAAGGGGUGGUGUGGGAUGGGAUGGAGCCAGAGCCCUAGCCUGAGCCUGCUGUGUGCCCCACAGUCUGAUUGCACAGAGCCGCCUCUGUCGGCAGGAGGCGCUGAGGCUCCCCUCUGUGUAUUGAGAAGCUGUGUUUGCCAAUAUAUUUUGCUUUCAGUUCCAAGAGGAGCUCUGGGAAAACCUGUGGAUAAAACCAAAUGCCAAAUGUUGGACAUUGUUUCCUUUUCCUUUUCUCUCUGAUUGUUUUAAUUGUUCUGUAGUGGUUUUAAUGGAUUUGAGACCCUGGAGCGGCAGCUGCCUUUCUGAUUUCCAGCUGCUUUUUGUGAAUAAUUUAAAAAGAAAAAAAAAAGAAACUUUACAUUUUGGAGACAAACCUGUGUGAGUUUUUUAUUGGUACAAACGUUGUAUUUAACACUAGGGGUUUUGUACAGUUUUUUGCCUUUUCUACUAGAAAACAAUGUAAAGUGAUUUCACAAUGUGAAGAGAAAAAAUUGCCACUAUGACCAAACGCACAGUCUGUUCUGCAGCAACAACGGGAUUCAAUCAACUCAAAGUCGUGAUUCAGCCGUAGAAAUGCUUUUCCUUGACCUUGUUUGAGCUUUCCUUUUUUCCUGUUUGAUUUACAAAAGAUGUCUUUUUUUUGUGUGUGUGAACUUGUGUUGUACUCUGUAGAAAAUUAUGGAUUUUGCUUUAAUGGUUUAAAAAAAAAAAAAGGGCAAGAAGAGCCCUUGUCGCUUUUCUUACCUAAUCACAGUUUGUGUAGUGGAUUAAAAAAAGAAAAAAAAGUUGUUAAAAGUUUGGAGCAAGGGAGUAUGUGUUUAAAAGGACUCUCCUUCCUUUUUUUGUGUGUUUUUCCUUUCGUCCCAAUGGGGAACCUAAAUCUGUUUUAAUUGCACAGACACACGGACAAAAAGUCAUUUUGUAUCUGCCAAGUGUGGUACCUUCCUUUGUUUAUUUGCUAUUAAACUGUUUGAGAAGAA